GCUUCCGCUGCGUUUGCCGCCUUCCGUCUUCCUCGAUCCCAUCCGCCAUUGUAGACUAGUGUUUCUUCUUCCUCUGAAGCUCUUUUGUUUUCAUUUCUCUGGAAACUACAAACAUCUUUUGGCCGAUAUAUCGAUGGGGGCUGGUCGUGAGGUUCAAAUCUCGCUUGAUUGCGUUAGAGACAAAAAUAUUAUGCAGCUUAAGAAACUCAACAUUGCUCUUUUUCCCGUUCGCUACAAUGAUAAGUACUACGCUGACGCUCUUGCCUCCGGCGAAUUUACUAAGCUAGCAUAUUAUAGCGACAUAUGUGUUGGUGCAAUUGCUUGCAGAAUAGAAAAGAAGGAAGGUGGUGGUGUUUGUGUGUACAUCAUGACAUUAGGUGUUUUAGCCCCAUACAGAGGGCUAGGUGUUGGUAGUAAGCUUUUGAAUCAUGUGAUGGAGCUAUCCUCAAAGCAGAAUGUUAGUAAGAUAUACUUGCAUGUUCAAACAAACAACGACGAAGCAAUGAGUUUCUAUAAGAAGUUUGGAUUUGAAGUUACGGAGACCAUCCACAAUUACUACACUAACAUUACCCCUCCGGACUGCUAUGUUCUCACCAAGCUUUUCGACCACUCCCCCAAGAAAUAAUAACAACACCUCUCUCUCACUCUUUCUCUCCGAAUAUUCUCUGUGUCUGUGUGUUGUUAAUCCAAAAUCCUAUCCAAUCCAAGCAAUUGCUGCUGCGCUGCUGCUGCUUCUAUUCACUAUGGAAAUUUUUUCUUAAAAAAAUUAAUAUUAUACUAGAUUGGAAACCCUUUUCAGCCUUUAGACUUAAGUAAUUAAGUAGUAGGAGUCAUGGAUUGGUUAUCAGCCAAUCUAAUGAUAUCUACUAUUUCUGCCUUUUUUUUGAAUAGACAAAUUAAACAUUUAUUCAGAUGUUGGAGCUUUCUUGCA